AGAUGUAGCUAGUACAAUAAGAAGUACAGCUAGGUUGUGUAACAUGGUAUAGAGUACACAGUACAGCUGUGGGGUCACACUGAUGUUCUGAAAAACAGACCUCAGACCAGCCGAAGGACAGUUCUGAAGAUACAAUGACAGAUAAGGAGAGUUUGUGAUCUGAUGGCGGACCUGUUCCUUUAAACCAAAGCCAGACUUCUUGCUACUUCGACUCAUAUUAAGAAUGGGUGCGACCAUCUUCGUCCAGCCGUUGGACCUGGUGAAGAACCGGAUGCAGCUGAGCGGUCAAGGAACAAAGGCUCGAGAGUACAAGACCAGCUUCCAUGCUCUGUUCUCCAUCCUGAAGAACGAGGGGGUGGGAGGCAUCUACACAGGGCUCUCAGCUGGGCUGUUGCGUCAGGCGACGUACACGACGACCCGUUUGGGAAUCUACACCAUCCUGUUUGAGAAGAUGACCGGAGAGGACGGACGGCCCCCGAACUUCCUCCUCAAGGCGCUGAUCGGGAUGACGGCCGGAGCUACAGGAGCGUUUGUGGGGACACCAGCAGAAGUCGCUCUGAUCAGGAUGACGGCUGAUGGACGUCUCCCUGCAGACCAGAAGAGAGGGUACAGUAAUGUGUUCAACGCUCUGGCCAGGAUCACCAGAGAGGAAGGCUUCACCACGCUGUGGAGGGGGUGUGUUCCCACCAUGGCUCGAGCUGUGGUGGUGAACGCAGCGCAGCUGGCCUCAUACUCACAGUCCAAACAGGCUCUGCUGGACUCAGGGUAUUUUGGGGACGAUAUUCUGUGUCACUUCUGUGCCAGUAUGAUCAGCGGUCUCGUUACCACGGCAGCAUCGAUGCCUGUGGACAUCGUCAAGACCAGGAUCCAGAGCAUGAGGAUGAUCGACGGGAAACCUGAGUAUAAAAACGGUUUGGAGGUCCUGAUGCGCGUCGUGAGGAACGAGGGCUUCUUCUCUCUGUGGAAAGGCUUCACUCCGUACUACGCUCGCCUCGGGCCGCACACCGUGCUCACCUUCAUCUUCCUGGAGCAGAUGAACCGCCUCUACAAGACCCGGGUCCUGGACCGCUAACACACACACACACACACACUCACACUCACUCUGACCUCACAUCUUCAGAACUCCAAGCUGAAGAAUUUAAAGGAACAGUCCCGCUGCGGUUGGUGGACUGUUCCUUCAAGAUAAACACACACGUCCCUGUACUUCUGUCAUUGUGGGGCCCCUCAUUUACAUAACGCAUGGCCUGGGCCCUGACCCAGAACCAGGUCUGAAUCCCAAAGUGGUCCUCACAAAGAUGUACAAGUACACACUUGCACAUACUUUGUUUUCUUUUUGUAAAGAGGAUGUUGAAUUGCUAUAGUUCACACAUCAUUAGGGAUGUUGUCAAUAAUGAAAAAUAAUGCAUUUUAUUUGUAAAUCUGUGACUCCUCCGCACGGCAUCAUGGGAAAGAUGGAAAAAUAAACUGUGUGCGCCUCA